AGCGUGUAUUUGCAGAACGUGGACAGUGGCGAAGAAUCCUUGCACAACAUGGAAUAAGUGAUCGGGGCGCUCAGGAUCCACGCCAAGUGUGCUCCUCUGUGAACUUCGCGAUGGCUGCUUCUGUUGCUGCUUCGAUUGCUUCUCUCGGGGAACUUGGUGGCGUCCUGCACGGCAUCGACGGUAUCGCGCACGUCGGUUCCCAUUUCCUCUUGACCCCAAUCGUGGACAGUCCACCGACCCUGCUCGGGGAGCAACUGUUACCGGGGGACGGACUGUCCCGCAGCUCGGCCGCGGAUUUAACGCACCUCAAAGGGAUCCUGAGGAGGAGGCAGUUGUAUUGCAGGACUGGUUUCCAUCUGGAAAUACUUCCGGAUGGCACCGUGCAAGGGACGAGAAAGGACCACAGUCGUUUCGGUAUUUUGGAAUUUAUAAGCCUUGCUGUUGGCCUAAUAAGCAUCCGAGGAGUGGACAGUGGACUCUAUUUGGGAAUGAAUGACAAAGGAGAGCUAUAUGGCUCUGAGAAGCUGACAGCUGAAUGUGUCUUUCGAGAGCAGUUUGAGGAGAACUGGUACAACACAUACUCGUCCAACCUCUACAAACACGGAGACAAAGGGACACGUUAUUUUGUGGCUUUAAAUAAAGACGGCACACCAAGGGAUGGGACUAAAUCCAGGCGGCAUCAAAAAUUUACACACUUUUUGCCCAGGCCCGUUGACCCUGAUCGCGUGCCAGAGCUAUACAGGGACAUCCUGGGCCAUAGCUGAAACCUGCCAAGGUCCGGUCCAGAGCGGGAAAAGCUGCUGCCACCCUUUCCACGCAGGCAGCAAGUGAGUGGGGACGGAUGCAGGCUGUGCAGGCUGGAGGACAGUGGGCCAGCCGGUGGGGAUAAAGGCACCCGGGCCCCUUCUAGGAAUGCACGGGCAUCUCUCAGCAGCCACAGGCAGGCGAGACUGUCUGACUCUGUCAGUCUGCACGCUCAACAUGAGGGCGCCGUUUGUCCGUGUGGACGGAAGAACCUCAAAGUACCUGCAAUAGAAUGGGAGUCCAAGCUGGAACGGCCUUGUCCUCUGGGACAUCCGAUGAGCAUGCGGGAAUGUGUUUGUUUGGGUGCUUUGUGCUGUUCAGGAGGACUUUGAAGGAAAACAGUGACUUUUUUUUUAAAGAAGAGCUAAAGUGUACUGAUUUAUUUAUUCCUUUUAGAUACAUAUAUUUAUGUUAUAUAUUUAUUUAUUUGAGAAUAUAUUUUUUACAUUUAGAUACAUGCAGCAUAGAGAAACCACUAGAAAGUGUAUGAAUUAUGUAAAGACUGAAACACUGUACAAUUACUACGUCUUCCAUCCAUUGAAAAGCUCCACAAUACUGUCAGGCCACCAAGCAUAUGAUCAAUAUUAGUGACGUUUUUAAUCGUCCCCCUAAUGUUCUCAAUGCAUUUCACCACAAGUACGAGUCACAAUUAAAAAUGUGGCGCAGUUACAGACCAACCGUGUGUGUCAUCAGCAAGAUCCCUUACAAGUUAUUGAUGAAAAACAAUAAAUACGAAUGUGAUCAUGAUGUGUUUCAUCGUGAGAAUCGGAGCUAACUGACGCCCAUGGUUACUUUCGAAAGCCGUUUUGUAAAAGAAACACUUUGACUGGUUGCCUUUAUCGUCCACAGUUUCAACAUAUAAACCUGUUUACAAGAUCAA